CACCGAGCAGUUCAAUCUGCCUUCUUCUCUUCUCAUCCUUAGCAUCAUAGAUCCAAAAGGAUUAUUGCUAUGUCUCGCCAAACAACUUUUAAAAAAAACUUCAGCGCUGCUUCUGCAGUACCAUUAGUGCUAAACCGAAGUGGCUUCAGCGCAUUCUCUGUCUCUUGUAGUGGUGGUGGUGGCCGGGUAAGCUCUGGUGGCUUUGGCAGCAGAAGUCUUAGUGGCUUAGGAGUAAACAAAAGAAUUUCAUUGGGCUCUCAGUCCCGCUAUGGAUAUGGGUCUGGGUUUGGAUCUGGUAGUAGAGCAGGCUUCAGUAUAAGUUCUGGAUUUGGUGUUGGGCAAGGAUUUGGAGGUGGACCAGGAUUUCUAGUUUGCCCACCUGGAGGAAUCCAAGAAGUCACAACUAAUCAAAGCCUUUUAGCUCCUCUCAAUUUGGAAAUUGACCCACAUAUUCAAAGAGUGCGCACAGAAGAAAGUGAACAGAUUAAGACUCUCAACAACAGAUUUGCAUCCUUCAUCGACAAGGUACGUUUUCUAGAGCAACAGAACAAGGUUUUGGAGACCAAAUGGAGCCUCCUGCAAGAACAGGGAGUCCAAACAAUUAGAAAUGGCCUUGAGACCAUUUUUGAAAACUACAUUAAUCAACUUCGGAGACAAUUAGACAUAACAUUUGAUUUGCCUCGUUUGGAAGCUGAGUUGAGACACAAUCAAGAUGCUGUAGAGGAUUCCAAGGCAAAAUAUGAAGAUGAAAUUAACAAGAGAACAGCAGCAGAGAACGAAUUUGCGGUGCUCAAAAAGGAUGUGGAUGCUGCCUACAUGAACAAAGUAGAUCUGGAAUCUAGGGUGAAUUCUCUGAAUGAUGAGAUCAACUUCUUGAGGGCCCUGUAUGAAGCGGAAAUUGCCCAGAUGCAGGCACAAAUCUCAGACACAUCUGUGGUUUUGUCUAUGAACAAUAACAGAGAUUUGGACCUUGAUGGCAUCAUCGCAGAGGUCAAGGCUCAGUAUGAAGACAUUGCCAACAGAAGCCGACAGGAAGCAGAGUCUUGGUGCCAAUCCAAGUAUGAGGAGCUCCAAAUGUCUGCUGGAAGACAUGGUGAUGAUCUGAGAUGCACAAAAACUGAAAUUGCAGAGCUAAACCGUGUGAUUAACAGACUGCGUUUUGAGAUUGAGAAUGUGAAGAAACAAGUUGCCGAGCUGCAGAAGGCAAUUAAUGAAGCUGAGGAACGGGGAGAUCUUGCAUUGAAGGAUGCCAAACAAAAGUUUGCCGAGCUGGAAGAUGCUUUACAGAAGGCCAAGCAGGACAUGGCUCGCCAACUGCGUGACUACCAGAAGCUGUUGAAUGUCAAACUGUCUCUAGAUAUUGAGAUUGCCACUUACAGGAAACUACUGGAAGAAGAGGAGAGCAGGUUGACUGGAGAAGGUGUAGGACCUGUAAAUAUCUCCGUUGUAAGUUCAUCUUAUGGAGGUAGCAGUGGAGGUGGUCAAGGCUAUGGCAUUGGAGUUGGUCAAGGCUAUAGCUUUGGAGGUGGAUUUGGCUCAGGCAAUAGAAGCGGAUAUGGUGGAGGUAUCAGUGGAGGAAGUUUCAUUUCCAGCAGUGGAAAAAUUUGAAAUUUUGCCUCCAGAGGUGGCAGCGGCUCAAGUGUAAAAAUUGUUUCAAAAACCUCCACAAGUUCCCAGAGGUAUUAAUACUGCCUCAAAAAAUAUAUCCCAAUUACUAAAUUGUCCUAUGGCCAUAAAAAAUUGAAUCCAUUGUGCAUUAUUAGAGUGUUUUACCCAGUAGAGUUUAAAUAUCUUGGCUCAGUUUUUGUCCCAGGUAUGACUUUAUAAACCUCACUUGAUCUAUUUUAGUUCUGUACAGCAUCAAAUCCCAGAAUUUAGGCUACUGUUCAUCCACAACUUUUGUGAGCCACACUGUACUUCAUUUGCAAACACAAUCAGCAGAAAAAAUGACCAUUCAUAUUCACUUCUCAGUUACUUUUUGUCCUUCUAUAAACCAAAAAGCACAAGUUACCUAUCGCUUAACUUUGUUUAAUACUUCUACAAUGUCUUAUGUUAUGUACUCUGCAAUAAACUGCAAUUAUUCUU